AAAGCAUACGAAGUCCCACCAAACAAUUCUUCUGCUGUGUAACGCUAAUGCAGGAGCUAUAUCAAAUUUGAAGCUUAAUAAAUCAACAACGGCAUAUGCAAAACGCAUGUAUAUAGAUAGGAUAGUGUUUUGAAAAUGGUUCGAUAUUAGCUAUAGAAAUAUGUAAUGAUGAUAAAUAUAAGGUUCUAUUUAAAAAUUUUAAUGUAAAUUUUACAAAAUCUAAUAAUUAUCACUACGACCCGACACCACAUUCUUCUAAAAGAUUUUUUUUCAUUUUUAAUACUUACAAUAAUACAUAUAAACCGGACAUACUGUAUAUAUACGGUUAUAAAAUAAUAUCGAUCACGUGAUGAAAUUAAUUCCUUACUAUAUUCAAGUUGAUCUAAGAAAUUUUAAUCGGAUAUGUUCGAUUAUGGUUAAAUACGUAACUAAUACUUUUAUAAACGAAUAUAAAUUGUUUAGGAGAUGACACAUGAUAAACUUGAGUGAAAUUAAUUCAUGAUACCAAAUACUUACAAUCUACAAUUUUAUCCUCAGGAACAAGAAAUACCGUACGAUGAAGAUUUCGAAAAUGUGCCGAUGGUAAAACCUAUACGAAUUGUACAAUUCGUGAGUAGUCAAACAACAAUUGUCAAAAAUUUAUUUUUGAGACGAUUUUAUAAGAUUUUUGUAUGAUUUAGAUAUUACUGGCUUCCCUCAUUGCCUUAACCAUCUACACAUGCUUCAAUAAAUCUCCUUACACAGAAAUAGACAAAAUUCUUUUGUUUUUGGCAUUUGGUACAUUUCUCUUCAUAACAUUUAUUGAUAUUAUCAGCCAACUUGGUGGCGAUCCAAUAACGGAAACACCGGUUGGUCAGAGUUUUUCUUUUGUAUAUUUUUAUAAAAAGUAAUAAGUAUUCGCUAGCUUAUCUAAAUGAUUGAUCUAAUUUAUAAAAAUAUAUAUAGAUUAUAAACUUUUAUUAUUUUUAGAUGUUUCUAUUCGGAGUAGUCGGUGCGGUAAUCAUAUUACUAGCUGCGUUCCAAAUUUUUAGUGUUACUAGAAGAGAAGAAGUGAAUGAUACUUGGAAACUCAUGACGGCGAUUGUUUUAUCCGUGAUUGCUUCUAUCGUAUAUCUAAUCGACGUUCUUUUAAUCUUCUUGUACGGAUAUUGAACAAAUUUUAUUACUUUUACUCGAAUCUCUAUAUAAAAUUUAUUUGUACCAAGUUUAUGAUUCAUAAAAAGAUAAUACGAGCACGUAUAAUAAAAGUUUCAUUUCAAUUGAUUAUAAAUACAAUCAUUGAAAAAAACCAUUCGUUUGUUGUAAAUUAAAAGAUCUAUUGUAACAAAUAUAUAAGGGAAUCGUAAAUAAGAAAGCCAUAAUCAUGGCCAACUCGUAUGACGGAGAUAAACAAAAGAAAUCGAUAUACGAUGACACAGGAAUAGACGAUCUGUACAGAAUUAUUUGACAGAAAGUUUAAUAUAUAUUCCUUAUAUUCAAUUGUAAAAAAAAAAUAUGCUUAGAACAGGUGAGUUUAAUGACGAUUAUUGAAAAAUGAGUCACUUUUAAAAAAUUGUUUUUUUAUCAGAUAAGAACGUCAAAAAAUCUAGUCGAUCAAAGAAACUAUUUUUUUAUCAAGAAGAGGAUACCGUAUAUACGGCUGUAUUAAAGCCGCUUAGAGUUUUUCAAUUUGUAAGUAAAGCAAGUGCAAUAUCAUGCAUAUCUCGGAUGAAUUAAUUUCGAGAAAUUUUAUCGAUUUAGCUCUUGUCAAUGUUCCUAUUCUUUCUGACCAUAUAUAUAUUUUGGAUACCCGGAACACCGUUGUCUACAAUCAUUUGCCUUUCAUUAAUUAUUAUAAACGGUAUCUAUGCCUUUGUCAUGAGUGUGGAAAUAAUUUCUCAAUACGGUGAACAUAGUUUACGUCUCACACCGGUAAAAAUAAUCUAUUAUGUAACAAAAUUAAUUAAUUUUAAACAAUUAUUUUAUAAAAUCAAACGUAUGAAUUAAUCACAUUAUCCGUUAAUAUACUAAGAAUUAUGCUACUUUAUGACAGAUGUUUACGUUCGCCUUCCUGGGUUUCCUGAUCUAUUUUAUUAUCAGUUUAUUCUUACUUCUAUUAUCACAUGCCGGUAACGCUUUUCACCUAAUAAAAACUACAAUGAUAUUCUUCAGUUUCGUUCUAUCACUACUCUUCCUGAUCGACGUUUUGAUUGUACUUUCGUGAGUUUCGAGCUUCGUAAUAAUCGAAUCAUUAACUCUUUUCGUUAUUUAUUAGGAAAAUCUAAGAGCAUAAAAAUACUUUUGUCGUUAUAGUAUCUGGAAAAAUAAGUGUAAAAUGUAUCAAAAGACUUGUGAGGAAAAGGAUAUCCUUUCCAAGGGAAUAAAUACACCAGUUAUAGCAACAACUCUACCGACAGAACAAAUGUAUGUGCGUGGUAUUCAGUAUAAGAAACGUGAUGCAUCGACUAGCAUUAGCGCCAUAAAAUUACCAUUAACUAAUGAAACUACCACACCGGAUCACGGCUUGCGAAAAACGACCAUUGGUCAUCGACGAGAGUACGCCGAUCGUCCGACUAGUACCCCGUCAGUAGCUGUAAAAAUCGCCGCAAUUCAAACGAAUCCGAAACAUGCAUCUGUCGAAGAAUCUCAGCAGACAUCUAAAUCCGAUUUGAAAGAAGUUCUGGUACAAACCACGAGUAGAUGCGAGUUUUGCAAUCAACAACUUCAAACUCAAGGAAUUUUGACGACGACACAGCUUUCUACUGAAUGUGCACCUUGUUCAGCGAUUAUCCAGCUUCUACGUGGAGCUGUCGCUACGCCAUGUUGUCCCAAUUGCAAUUGUAAGCCUGAAGUACAAACGAGACAGAAAAAACGAGGCAAUCCAAACCCCGAUCUAAAUGGUGAUCAGAAAAACGUGUUAAAGGACCGAAUGGUAGAAAAACAAAUACAAGUGGGAGAGGAUGAAGUGCAAAUAAGAGAUCAUGAAAUGCAAACGGGAGAGUAUGAAGUGCAAAUGACAGAUCAUGGAGUACAAACGGUGGAUAAUCAAUUGCAAAUGAUGGAGAAUGUACGAGAUCAUUCGAAAAACAAUGAGUCUCGAGUCUUAACGAGUUUUACAAAGAUGACUGUAACAGUACACUGUGCAUCACCAAGCACAAAAAUGGAAAUAGUUUCUUCGACUGGAUCCAAAGAAAACAUCGUUACCACUUACAUUCCGCCACACGGACCACCUGUAAUAUUGGCUAAUAAUGAAGAUUCUCAAAACGGAACUCACGUCGCAGUAUAUCAGCAAACUGAAAAUUCAGUGGCUUCGGUGUUAUAUUCGAAAAAUGAAUGUAAAAUAGGACAAAUUCAAGAAAUCGAGUCUUCAAAUUCAAUUUCUGUGGCGGGUAGUAUCGAAUUAGAAAAAUGUAAUAACGGGAAUGAGAAGAUGAACCCUCCUCUGCAAAUUAAAAAUGAUAAAGAAGACAUUAAAAAAAAUGAUAUUAAAGAAGUACGACAAAAUCAAAUUUUAAGUUCGAGGAUACCGAAGUCAGAUACAAAUGAUAAUCCUACGAGUAAAGGUCGAAAAAUGAGAGAGCAAUCUAAUCCAUUGAAACAAAAUAAAAAACUUAAGAAAUCAGGAUAUGCAACAGGGCUGAAGGACAAAAAAGAUGAUAAUCGUACAUAUUCGAGAUUUUUACCACUAGAAGAUAUAAAGAUAAAGGAUCCGAAGGAAAUAAAAACUAACGAACAGAAUUACAUGCAGAAUUUUUGCAUGCCCAUAAUCCCGCAGGAAAUCAUUGAACAUCCACAUUGUGUUAGAACUAGGACCAUAUCAUCGGUUUUUCAACGAAACAAUAGAAUUGAUCCAAUAUUCCUACCGGAAUGCGAUACUUUUGUCGCCACUGAAAUAGAGAAGCCAUAUAUUCAAGGUGAUAUUGACCCUUCAGAUGUUGGAGCUGUUUACUACUCUCCCGAUUACAGCUACGACAAAUAUAAUCAUGUGCACGAAAUGUAGAAAAGAGAUGGUAAAAGAAAGUCCUUAUUUCUUUUAUAAAGAUUGUAAUCUCUUUUGUUUUUGUUAUUAUUAUUGAUUAUCUUUUUGUUUUUUUCAUUUUUCUUUUAUCUGUCUCUUCUUAUCUUUUUCUUUUUUUUAUUUCCGAUUUUCGCAAGUUUAUAUCUUUUAGUAUUGUAAUAUUUACAAAGCAAUGAAAGAAGAGUAUAAAAAUUUAACUUUUUUAUGACUUUGACAAAUUAAUAAUUUUAUUUAGGUACUGAAUAUCACGAAUCAAAGUGAAGAUAUUUCACAAGAGAAUUUUAACUCUGGAAAUACAAAAAAUGCAAGUAACAAAGGAGUUGUUUCUACAUUUUUCUAAGUUUCCAAAGUGUUUUUUUAAUCGUAAGAUAUUGAUGAAAUCAUACAUAUAAAUUAAUUUUGUUUAUAGGAGUACGACGAAAAACUUACUUACUGUAACAGAUGUGGCCAAUUACAAUAUUAAAUAGUUUUAACGUCUGUGAUUUUUCGUGAAUUAAAACGUAAGUAAUUUAUUGAUUUAUGAUAUAAAUCGAACUUGGUAUUUAUGUGAUUCAAACAUUUUCUAGAUUCUUUUGCAAAACGAUUAUUGUUAUCACGACGUUGAGAAGGUGUCAUCGAUUGAAGUUAACAAAACAACAAUAUUUGUAAUCUACUUUAGUCGAAUAUUUUAAACUAAUAAUAAUCAUAGUACAUGUAAAUAUUGUACAUUGAUAGAAAUAUCUAUUUGAACAUAACACUGUAACAUAAAAAGAAUUUCACUGGACAAACAUACUUUCGUUACGAUAAAAACGGUACGAAA